AUGGCAGAGCAAAUUGCACAAGAGGCACACUAUGCAGCAACGGUUCUCAAAACGUUGAGUAACGAGGAAAGAUCACAGGCAUUGGAGGAGAUUCGUCUUGGGCUGAUAAAUGCAAAGAAGGAGAUAUUAGUGGCAAAUGAGAGGGACCUAGAAGCAGCAAGAGCAUCGCAAACCAGUGCGGCAUUGAUUAAGAGACUCGAUCUCUCAAAAAACGAUAAAUUCGACUCGAUGUGCGACGGAAUAAAAGAGGUUGCAGACCUCGAAGAUCCACUUAACAAAGUUACGUUAGCCAGGGAGUUGGAUGAGGGUUUAGACUUGUAUCGGAUCACGUGUCCGGUUGGUGUGCUACUUGUGAUCUUUGAGAGCAGGCCAGAGGUGAUCGCAAACAUCACGGCAUUGGCAAUUAAGUCGGGAAAUGCCGCAAUUCUUAAGGGAGGAAGAGAGUCACUUGGAACUUUUAAAGCUAUGGCCAAUGUCAUCAACAAGGUGCUCAAAGAGAAGACCAAGGUUCCCGGGGAUGCCAUAAAGCUUAUUGCAACGCACAGCGAGGUUUCCGACUUGCUCAAGCAGGACCAGUACAUUGAUCUCGUUAUUCCUAGAGGUUCCAAUAAGCUUGUGCGUGCAAUUAAAGACCAAACCAAGAUUCCUGUCUUGGGACAUGCCUCAGGUAUCUGUUCCAUUUAUGUAGACGAGUUUGCAGACCCUGCCAAGGCUUCCCGUGUUGUUGUUGAUGCCAAAACCAACUAUCCUGCCGGUUGCAACGCAGUCGAGACUCUUCUUGUCAAUGAAAAGAUUCUUGGCGCUAAAAUAUAUGAGGACUUGCUCAAGGCGCUUGUUUCAGCAGGCGUUACGCUCCACAUGACGGCACAACUCCUCGAUUCUGUUCCUGGAAACUUGAAAUCGACAUACCCUGACAAAUUUGUUGCUGCCAAAGACUCAGAUUUCCGUGGAGAGUUUCUUUCACUCGAUCUUGCAGUCAAGGCGGUUACUGACGUCAGCGAGGCUGUUAAACACAUUAAUACACACUCUUCAAAGCACACGGAUGCUAUUAUUACGGAGAACGAACCCCAUGCACAGGUUUUCCUGAAUGGUGUUGACUCUUCGGGUGUUUAUUGGAAUUGUUCGACUCGUUUUGCUGACGGUUUCCGGUACGGAUUUGGCACAGAAGUCGGAAUAUCCACCAAUAAGAUCCACGCAAGGGGUCCUGUUGGUUUGGAGGGCCUAGUCUGCUAUUAUUACCAGUUGCGGGGUCACGGUCAGAUCGUUGGAGAUUAUGUUGGCGGAGGUGGUCAUAGAAAGUUUACACAUAGAGAGUUGGAUCCGAAGAAGGUGAAGCUAGAUUGA